AUGUCGUCUCAGAUCCCUCAGAACCACAAGGCUGCCGUCGCUGAGAAGGAAGGUGGCUCCGUCAACAUUGUAGACGUCCCUACGGCCAAACCUGGCAAAGGGGAGAUUCUCGUCCAACUCAAGUACAGUGGCGUCUGCCACACAGACAGCCACGCCCUAAUCGGCGACUGGCCAGCUCACGCCUCCUUCCCUCUGAUUGGUGGGCAUGAAGGAGCGGGUACGGUGGUUGCACUGGGUGAAGGAGCCGACAAAUACCACCAGAUCGGCGACCCUGUAGGGCUUAAAUGGCUCUACAGCUCAUGCCUCAAUUGCGACUUUUGUGCCGCAGGGACAGAGCCUAACUGCCAGAAAGCUGAGUGUCAUGGCUUUACUAAGAACGGCACAUUCCAGCAGUACGCCAUUACCGACGCGUCUCACGCGACGCCCAUUCCCAAAGGUCUCCCCCUGGACGCCGCCGCCCCGUUGCUCUGCGCAGGCGUCACAGUCUACAAGGCGAUCAAGGUCGCAAACCUGAAGCCUGGACAGACCCUCGCCAUCUCCGGAGCUGGCGGCGGACUGGGUCACUUGGCCUGCCAGUACGCAAGGGCUGCCGGUUUGAAGGUAAUCGCCAUUGACACGGGAGACGAGAAGAAGAAGCUGUGCGACUCGUACGGAGUUUCUGCUUUCGUCGACUUUGCUGCUGAGAAGGAUCUUGUGGCCGCGGUCAAGGCUGCGAGCGAGGAUGGACUCGGUCCCCAUGCUGCUGUCGUUGCUGCGAGCGGAGCAAAGGCCUACGAGCAAGCUCUAGAGUACCUGCGCCCCACCGGUGUCCUCGUCCCCGUCGGCCUGCCUCCCAAUGCCACGAUCAAGAUGGACGUCUUCUGGUCGGUCUUCUACUCCAAGCAGGUACGCCCGAGCUAUGUGGGCAACCGCGAAGACGCCAAGGAGUGCCUCCAAAUUGCCGACGAGGGCAAGGUCAAGGUACAAUACAAGGUCAAGGGUUUAAGCGAGCUGCCUCAGGUCUACGACGACAUGCAUCACGGCCGCAUUGCGGGACGUAUCGUGCUGGACCUCGCCCGUUGA